CUUCGCCCUUCCCCAGGUAUAUAAUUCGAAGCAUUACUGCCUUUCGAGGAAUUAAUAUAGAUCAUACCAACUGCCAGAAAGUGAAAACUACAUCAUCUACCGAAUUCACAAUGUCCAAAGCAACCAGAAUCCCCAUCCGUACCCAAAAGGCCCCUCUCCCACCGCCAUUCCUCUCCCAGGGCAUCGUCGUCGGCGACAUGGUCUACUGCUCUGGGCAGGUGGGCGUGAACCCUGCUACAGGCAAGAUGGUUGAGGGAUCAAUCCAAGAAAGAACGAAACAAAUCCUCAACAACCUGAGUGCUGUCCUUGAAGCAGGCGGCUCUAGUCUCCACGACGCCGUGAAAGUCAACAUAUUCCUGGCUGAUAUGAAUGACUUUGCCGCUGUCAAUGAAGUCUAUAGUUCCUUUUUCGCGGAUCCGAAGCCGGCUCGUACAUGUGUUGCGGUCAAGACAUUGCCAUUGGGGACUGAUGUGGAGAUUGAGUGUGCUGGGGUGGUGAGCAGUGUGCCAAGUCGAGGGUCUCGUCUGUGAGAAGCAAGCAAAGAACCAGGUUCCUGGAAAUGACUGUGAUGUUAUGCGAGUACAUAACUGGACAAAUGCAGACAAAC